CCUGUACCUUGUUUAGCUUGCUUGCUGCGCUAUACAAAGAAGGUGGUGUGCGGGAAGGAGAAUGCCAGCGUGUGGCCAUGCUGGUUGUCCCAAGCAGCCCAAGUAUGGUGUUGCCGGCACGAAAAAGCGCGAGUUUUGCUCGGGACACCGGAAGGCCGGCAUGGUGGAUGUCGUCAACAGGAGUUGCUCCUACGACGGCUGCAGCAAGCAGCCAAAUUUUGGUUUCGUUGCCACAAAACGGGCUGAGUAUUGUGCUGAACACAAGGAAAGCGGGAUGGUGAACGUGAAGACCAAGCCGUGUCGCCACCCGGGUUGCAGCACUAGGCCCUGCUAUGGCUUUGCAGGAACGAAAACCGCCGAGUUUUGUUCCGGGCACAGGAAAGACGGAAUGGUGGACGUCAGCAGUAAGAGAUGCAACCAUCAUGGUUGCGCCAAGCAACCCCACUAUGGUGCGAUCACCAACAUGAGGACUGAAUUUUGUUCGCAACACAAGAAGGAUGGCAUGGUGGUUGUGAACAGAUUGUGCUCCAAGGACGGUUGCAAAACGAUACCGAUUUUUGGUGUUUUUGGCGGUACCAAUGGGGCGAAGUUGUUUUGCUCUGCGCACAAGAAAGACGGAAUGGUGGACGUCAAGAACAAGCCGUGCAGCCAUCGCAGUUGCAAGGCGCAGGCGGUGCGUGGUGUUGACGGCACGAAGGAGUUCUGCUCGAGACACAACAAGGGUAGGGUGGCGAACGUCGUGAGCAGGAGUUGCGGCCACCCUGGUUGCACCACUCGACCAUCGUACGGCAUGGCAGGACGCGGUGCUCGAACGUUCUGCUCUAGACAUGCGAAGGACAACAUGGUCAACCUUAAUGAUUCCAAGAGCAGGGCGCGCGACGGUGGCAAGGUCAGCGUCGGUCCUCGGCGUCGUGGUCCAGCAGAGGUCGACUGUGGCACUGCGCGCUCUUCUGGUACAGAGGCCGACAAUGGCACUGGGCCCCCUUCUGGUGCUGCCGAACAACGAAGAAGCCGAUCCCAUUCCUCAGGCGAUCAGAGGAACGCUUCUUCAAGCUCGAGCAGGAGAGGCAACAAGCGAGCCCGCGCUCCGGCUGGCAUUCCCGUGGCUCCCAAUACAGCAGUCGACGAUCAGAGCACCAUCUUGGCGGAAGACGAUUCGUUUGUGGGGCUAGAAGACUACGUUGCCGUGAAGACAGAAGUAGUCGUUUCUUCCACGGUGGAUCCUGCCGUAGCACUCCUCGCUACAACCGAAGAAGCCGUAGAUAAACCCAGCUCCUGCCAGGAAGCUGCUUCACGUCCCGAGCCUUAUGCUGCGGUGCCGGAAGUGGGGAUCUCGUUCGCAUGGAAAUAAGUGUUACCGGAGGUGCGUCUACUGGUCGGAAAACAACGCGGGACGAGGGGAGAUCGAAGGGGAGGCUGGACUGCCGGAACAGCAUGAUUCCGAGAGCAUGUCAUUUGAUGAGGCAGGAGAUGCUGCUGGGUCAGACCUGAAUCCAACCCCAUUGUGGCGACGAGUGAAUGUAGGAAUGCCGUGCUGGAUGGUGUGAGUGUUCCCGCGUGAGUUGGACAUCGGCGGCCGGCGUGGCCUUAAGGAUGGAAGUGAAUUUGGUUAGACGGUAUCUUGCAGGUCGGGGAUGCGGACUCAAAACAGAACAGCGAGCAAUGGGCGCUCUUGGGAUGCGUUCAACCCUGAAUAGUAGACUCCACGCAGUUUUUCCGGGCAAGGGGAACUUUGCAGCAUCCACCAGUGACAUGACUUGUAUCCUGUACUCUCCAUUCAAAUGAUUCCCAACUGACCAGACCAAGUCGGGGCACACGUUGUGUUUCCGGAACGGGGAGGCUUUCGCAGCGUUCGGUCAUGUGUUGUUGCACGUUGCUCUUUGCUUCCUUGUUGUGACGUGUUCCCGUCGCAGAACCUAGCUUGUCUAGAGAGCGUUGUUGUAGUGUAAGUGGAAAUGUGGGUGAAAAUAAUCGCCGACUAUUACGUAGGUGAACGGUCAGAGAAGGUUGGGAUGGCAGACAACAUUCAGACGAAGCCCGCUCUGAAACAAUCUUUGCAUGGCGGCGUUUUCGCGUUAUGAACCCCGCAUUUUCCCGAUCCCAACAAA